CCACCCCCGCCACGGCCCGCGGCGAGCGCAGCGGCCGCCGACGCGGCCGCGGCCGCCGCGAUGGCGCCCUCGCCGGAGGGGCGGUGAGGAGCUCCGCGGCCGGGCAUGAUCGAGGAUCUUCCGCCGAGGGCCACUCCGAGGGAAGCGCGGGGUGGCCACCUCUCCGACGGCGAGAAUGGCGCGGACACGGGCGAAGGCGAAUCCGAUGCUGCCAAGCGAAGGCAGCCGAAGAAGCGGGCGACCAACAUCUUCAAAAGCUUCUCGGACUCGUACAACGACCUCGCGUACCUCGGAGGUUCUGGCAGUCCGAGAGCGACCUGGCCCGUUGGCAGCAGUCGCUCAAGGACGCGUCUCGGCACUGCAGGUCGCUGGACAGCAUCGGCGCGCGCUGCAACCCGAACUGGCACGAGGAGCGUGUGGAGCUGCUCAUGGCCCACUCCGUGCUGUGCUCGGCCCACCUUGGGAGCGUGCAGACCAUCUGGAUUGUCAACUACGAGGCGUGGGAGUUGAGCGUUCGCCCGCGCAGCCCGUCCAUGGUCGGGGCCCUGAUGGACAUCGUAGUCAACGUCCUGGAGAUGGACAGGAACGGGAACAUGCGUCGUCAAGCUCAGAAGCCCGAAGUCCGAAGCCCGUCGAGCUCGUCGUGGCUGCCCAGUCCCAAGGGAACGCGAGAGCGCUUCAAAGAUCAGACGGAUGCCGCGAUCAUGCGAAUGGUGAAUGACGCCAUCCACAAUGCCAUCGACCUGCAGAUCGAGAGGGCGCGGCAGACCCUCGGCCUGUGCUGCGACGCGCUGGAGGAGCAGGUGGGGCGCGCGCGCGCCCUCCACGGGGCGCUGCGGGCCCUGCUGCCCGGGGAGCUGCCGCCUCCGAGCCGCCAGCUGGUGACAGCUGUGCAGGUGGAGCCCGCCACGCCGCGAAAGCCCCACAGGGCUGCGUGGCCCCUCGCCGCUCUCGCCGGCGCGGGCGCGGCCCCAGCGCUGCCGCGCGCUGCUGCUCCACAGGGGGGGGGAGGGCGGGGGGCGAGCAGGUCGAGCCGACUGCCU